AUGUCGCAAUCUCCUAGCGACCUUGCUCUUAUUCAGAAAGACGUUCAGCCCUUUCUCGACGCUGACAAGCCUUGGGACGGAGACUUUUUCCCUCGUGAGACACGCCGGAUUAAUGGCUUAGCCGCCAAAUCCAAAGUCUUCAUGGAGAAGAUUGUUUGUGACAAGACGCACCAGUCUGUGUGCACCAAGCUUCUCUCUAGCACAUCAAAGAACUACCUAGGGCAGGAGCUCCAGGCCAGCACCAGCUACCCACAGCUCAACAACACAUUCACUUUGCGAUCGGGCCUGGCGCUGCUGCACAGCCCUUGCAUCGUGACGAUGUGA